CAGGGCUGACAAGUGUCCUGGAGGCAGAAGAGGAGGCUGUUUAUCCGCUCCGUGGGCGCGGGCACCAUGAACGCCUUGCUGGAUGCGCUGCUGGAGAAGAAAGUGCUGAGCCAGGAGGAGAUGGAAAAAAUCAGAGACGAAAACGCUACCGUUAUGGACAAGGCCCGAGCUCUGCUGGAUGCGGUCAUUCGCAAGGGGCCCCGGGCCUGCCAGGUCUGUGUCAAUCACAUUUGCGAGGACGACGCCCACCUCGCAGACGUGCUGCAGCUCUCCCCAGAUUCCCAUUCUGGAAACGUUCCUACUCCACCAAGACCUCAACCAGUGGUUAGUUCUUUCCCAGGGCCUCAGGCAGUACAGGACAACCCGGUUAGGUUUGCAUCUUCAGGGCCAGAAGGGAGCCUCAAGCUUUGCCCCGCGGAAACAGCCGAGAAGAUAUGGAACGAGAAGUCAGCGGAGAUUUACCCAAUAAUGGAAAGGUCGGUCCGCACACGUCUUGCCCUCAUCAUCUGCAACACAGAGUUUGACAGUCUUCCCAGGAGAGAUGGAGCUCAUGUUGAUAUCAGAGACAUGAAGACGCUCCUGGAAGGUCUGGGGUACAGCGUGGAUGUGAAAGAAAAUCUCACUGCUUUGGACAUGAGGAAAGAGCUGAAAGCAUUUGCUGCCCGCCCAGAACACCGGACCUCUGAUAGUACUUUCCUGGUGCUCAUGUCUCAUGGAAUCCGGGGUGGCAUUUGUGGGAAGAAAUACUCUGAAGAAGUCCCAGAUGUAUUAGAUGUCAACACGAUAUUCCAAACUUUGAACACCAUGAAUUGUCCAAGUUUGAAGGACAAGCCUAAGGUGAUCAUUAUCCAGGCCUGCCGCGGUGAUAGGGAAGGGGUGGUGUGGUUAAAAGAUUCAGCAGAAGCUUCUGGACAAAGUAACUUACUGGAUCCAAAAGAUUUUGAGGAGGAUGCCAUUAAGAAAGCCCACGUGGAGAAGGAUUUUAUUGCCUUCUGCUCUUCAACACCAGAUAACGUUUCUUGGCGACAUCCCAUCUUGGGCUCUCUUUUUAUUAUUAAACUCAUCAAAAUCCUGCAAGAACAUGCCUGGUCCUGUGACCUGGAGGAAAUUUUCCGAAAGGUUCGAUUCUCAUUUGAGCUGCCGGAUGGCAAGGCACAGAUGCCCACCACUGAAAGAGUGACGUUGACAAGAUGUUUCUACCUCUUUCCAGGAUAUUAAAAUUCAAAGCCAGGACUCCUGUCAUUCUGUACCUGUUUUGGAAUCGUGUAUGCAGAAAGCAGACAUUUCUUUAAACAUUUCAAUAAAUCUGAGAUAAACAUGA